GAAUAGCAAAUCACAAUUUUCAAGUCCAAAAACUAUUUCUGCAGAGGUACUCCCUUUUUUCGGCAUUACUGGAAAUCAAAAUAGACAUUUUGAAAAAAUAUUGAACGGAUGAUCAGUUGAUGCACGACACCCUUCUAAUGUUAAGAGAUGAGAGACAUCCUGAUUAAAAUAUUUUUUACAAUAUUUAACGUAUUUCGUGAUCCGAGUUCAAGAUUUAAGUAUGCGUGACAAACCUGAUCCUAAAUAUAUCGAUCAGGAGUUUUGGCAGCUAAUCCCUUAGUAGAGAAUUAAACAUGGCCGAGUUCGGACCUAGGAGACCUCAUCCUCCCCCCUCACAACCUUCCGUUGCUAGGGUGGCUCCGAUGGUUCCUGAGGUUUCUCUUUUCUUUGGAAACUCAUGGAUAAAUUCAAGAUCAGGUUUGGAACUGGACAGAUAUCCUGGAGAGCCUAGAACUCAAACGGAAUCCUAUGCAGUGCGUCAACCCACACCAUCUCAGUUUCAUUCUAACAACAGCUCUGGAGUAAACGCCCCUCUUGCUCCGCCCUCGCCUCAUAAACCUGUUCUUCACGGUCUUGUGAGACCAACUCCGGACUUCUCCAGGAUGUUUGAUAACUCCGGUAACUUAUCAGGAUACGGAGGUCACUCACAGACUCAAUAUAAGCCCAGUCGUAGACAAGUAGGGUUUCCAGACUACGUAGAGCCAGAAAACUCCGGCCCUAAUUUUUUCAAUUAUGGUUCAUUUGAGUCCCGUACCCCUGAGCCCGAAAAUAGGAAGUUAGAAAGAACAGACUCAAAAGAUCUUAGAAAAUCCGCUAGUUUACCAGAGUUUGAUUUUAAAACAAAUUCUCCGGUACAUCCUGAGAUUCUAAAGGUUCUAUCAUGGCAAAACGAACAGUUGAAACUUCUCCAGGAUCAGGUUCAGUUGCUUCUUCAAUCCUCCCCUCAAAUGAACCGAGCAAGUGAUGAAGUAGCCUCCAGUGUGUCAGAGAAUAUCUCAAGCCCUGAACCAGUUGGAGAACCCCUCCGGAACAGAUCGGUUUCUUCCGUAUCAACCAACACAAGCACACUGUGGCCUGAGAUACAGAGAGGGUUGGAGAGGUUGCAUAAUGUUAUUCAUGAAGAAAACGAGAAGGAGGAGGAGGAGGAGAACUCGUGUGGAAUUACUCUCACAGAAAUGAGAAACAGUAAUAUAAAGGUAAACACUUCUGAUGGAGAUUCCCUGAGAUCUCCGCAACCCACGCUGAAUAUCGACCUACCGGAGUAUGCGGGGUCAGAAUGUAGUCCUGACUUCAGGAGAGCGGCAGACAAGGUUAGCUGGGAGAGUCCUGUUCUAGGAGAGAGUGUCUCCAUGUAUGAAGAAGCUGCGGAUGUAAGAGGAGUUUACAACGAUAUUAUGACUCAAGUUAAUCGUUUGUUAGCAGAACCACCAAUACAAGAGACUACUCAAGUUGUAGAGAAAAGACCUAUGUUGGAAAGUUUUGUCAAUGAUCCUGAAUCCUUAGAUCCAGCAACUGCAACCUUCAAUAGGUUGCGUCAGCUCGGAGUAAGUUUUAUCUCUCCUGAGGAUUUAUCCAGACCGAGAUCUCUAGAUUCUGGAUCCCAGGAAUACAGUAAUAUGUUUCUACCUAGAGCUGCAUCUCCUUCUAAAUCCUUGUGGAGAAACUCUCCGGAUACUAGCCUGGAGAUAAGUUCUCUAGCUCUGAAGUACCUGGAUGAAACCCAGUUGUCCAAAUUGGCGGAUAAACAUAGAGCUGUAGAGAAAAGUAAUUCCACCUCCGUAACUAUAUCAGAUAAUGACGUUAACAUGAGCUUGGCAACCCAAGAGUUUCUUAAUAGACAUGGAUUAAAUACGGCCGCUGCUAGAAAUCCUUUAAGAUCAAUAGAUAAUGUGUCACGAAACCAACCUCAAGAAAAUGGGAAGCAAGGGAUCGAGCUCCGAAAGGAAGUAUUGAGAGAAUCAACUGAGAACAGAUACAGAGUACAGGAGAACAUAGAAUACCGAACCUACCAACAAACUCAGGCUCAGGCUGGAAACCACCAGCAGUCUGAUCAGUAUCUUUAUCAGCAGGUUGAUUACACUAAGAGAACUAGACCAGGUUUAGUAAAUUCUCCGGGUCCUGGAGCCAACCAGUAUCAACCUCAACCUAGGAGAAAUGUUAGAUUGACGGAGCCUGGAAACGAUUCUUCUCCUACUUCUUCAAAAAACACUUUCCGAGCUCCAAGUCCAGGUUUAACCAACAGAGUUCUAGAUAUUGCAGCGAUCCGUCAACAACCGAAGCUAUUGUGAUUCCAGACUAUCCGUCCCACAUUUCUAAAAUUGUAUUAUUUAAAUUGUACAGAAUUUAUUUAUCUAGAUUUAUUCAUCGUUAAAGACAAAUUAUUUAUGAAACUUGACCUUUCAGUACUUUUCUAUGUAUUUUUCACAAUUAUAUUUGUAAUACAAACUUUUUGACACA